GAUCCGCUUCCCUGCUCCUUUAAGCGUCCACAGGCGGCGGAGCGGCCACAAUCACAGCUCCGGGCAUUGGGGGAACCCGAGCCGGCUGCGCCGGGGGAAUCCGUGCGGGCGCCUUCCGUCCCGGUCCCAUCCUCGCCGCGCUCCAGCACCCCUGAAGUUUUGCAGCGCCCAGAAAGGAGGCGAGGAAGGAGGGAGUGUGUGAGAGGAGGGAGCAAAAAGCUCACCCUAAAACAUUUAUUUCAAGGAGAAAAGAAAAAGGGGGGGCGCAAAAAUGGCUGGGGCAAUUAUAGAAAACAUGAGCACCAAGAAGCUGUGCAUUGUUGGUGGGAUUCUGCUCGUGUUCCAAAUCAUCGCCUUUCUGGUGGGAGGCUUGAUUGCUCCAGGGCCCACAACGGCAGUAUCCUACAUGUCGGUGAAAUGUGUGGAUGCCCAUAAGAACCAUCACAAGACAAAAUGGUUCGUGCCUUGGGGACCCAAUCAUUGUGACAAGAUCCGAGACAUUGAAGAAGCAAUUCCAAGGGAAAUUGAAGCCAAUGACAUCGUGUUUUCUGUCCACAUUCCCCUCCCCCACAUGGAGAUGAGUCCUUGGUUCCAAUUCAUGCUGUUUAUCCUGCAGCUGGACAUUGCCUUCAAGCUAAACAACCAAAUCAAAGAAAAUGCAGAAGUCUCCAUGGACGUUUCCCUGGCUUACCGUGAUGACACGUUUGCUGAGUGGACUGAAAUGGCCCAUGAAAGAGUACCACGGAAACUCAAAUGCACCUUCACAUCUCCCAAGACUCCAGAGCAUGAGGGCCGUUACUAUGAAUGUGAUGUCCUUCCUUUCAUGGAAAUUGGGUCUGUGGCCCAUAAGUUUUACCUUUUAAACAUCCGGCUGCCUGUGAAUGAGAAGAAGAAAAUCAAUGUGGGAAUUGGGGAGAUAAAGGAUAUCCGGUUGGUGGGGAUCCACCAAAAUGGAGGCUUCACCAAGGUGUGGUUUGCCAUGAAGACCUUCCUUACGCCCAGCAUCUUCAUCAUUAUGGUGUGGUAUUGGAGGAGGAUCACCAUGAUGUCCCGACCCCCAGUGCUUCUGGAAAAAGUCAUCUUUGCCCUUGGGAUUUCCAUGACCUUUAUCAAUAUCCCAGUGGAAUGGUUUUCCAUCGGGUUUGACUGGACCUGGAUGCUGCUGUUUGGUGACAUCCGACAGGGCAUCUUCUAUGCGAUGCUUCUGUCCUUCUGGAUCAUCUUCUGUGGCGAGCACAUGAUGGAUCAGCACGAGCGGAACCACAUUGCAGGGUAUUGGAAGCAAGUCGGACCCAUUGCCGUUGGCUCCUUCUGCCUCUUCAUAUUUGACAUGUGUGAGAGAGGGGUACAACUCACGAAUCCCUUCUACAGUAUCUGGACUACAGACAUUGGAACAGAGCUGGCCAUGGCCUUCAUCAUCGUGGCUGGAAUCUGCCUCUGCCUCUACUUCCUGUUUCUAUGCUUCAUGGUAUUUCAGGUGUUUCGGAACAUCAGUGGGAAGCAGUCCAGCCUGCCAGCUAUGAGCAAAGUCCGGCGGCUACACUAUGAGGGACUAAUUUUUAGGUUCAAGUUCCUCAUGCUUAUCACCUUGGCCUGCGCUGCCAUGACUGUCAUCUUCUUCAUCGUUAGUCAGGUAACGGAAGGCCAUUGGAAAUGGGGCGGCGUCACAGUCCAAGUGAACAGUGCCUUUUUCACGGGCAUCUAUGGGAUGUGGAAUCUGUAUGUCUUUGCUCUGAUGUUCUUGUAUGCACCAUCCCAUAAAAACUAUGGAGAAGACCAGUCCAAUGAGUCAAAGUCUCACUCUGUCACCCAGGCUGGUGUGAGUGGUGCAAUCAUAGCUCACUGCAGCCUAGAAUUCCUGUGCUCCAGUGAUCCUCCUGCCUCAGCCUCCUGAGUAGCUGAGGUUACAAGUGUGAGUUACUGCACGCAGGCGAUCUGGGUGUCCAUAGUGGGGAAGAACUCCAGCUCACCACCACUAUCACCCAUGUGGACGGACCCACUGAGAUCUACAAGUUGACCCGCAAGGAGGCCCAGGAGUAGGAGGCUGCAGCGCCCGGCUGGGACGGUCUCUCCAUACCCCAGCCCCUCUAACUAGAGUGGGGAGCAUGCCAGAGAGAGCUCAAUGUACAAAUGAAUGCCUCAUGGCUCUUAGCUGUGGUUUCUUGGACCAGCGGCAUGGACAUUUGUCAGUUUGCCUUCUGACGGUAGCUUUUGGAGGAAGAUUCCUGCAGCCACUAAUGCAUUGUGUAUGAUAACAAAAACUCUGGUAUGACACAUUAUCUGUGAUCAUUGUUAAUUAGUGACAUAGUAACAUCUGUAGCAGCUGGUUAGUAAACCUCAUGUGGGGGUGGGGUGGGGGUGUAUUCCUUGGGGGAUGGUUUGGGCUGAAUGGGGAGUGGAAUAUUUGACAUUUUUCCUGUUUUAAAUUCUAGGAUAGAUUUUAACAUCCUUUGCGGUCCCAGUCCAAGGUAGGCUGGUGUCAUAGUCUUCUCACUCCUAAUCCAUGACCACUGUUUUUUUCCUAUUUAUAUCACCAGGUAGCCUACUGAGUUAAUAUUUAAGUUGUCAAUAGAUAAGUGUCCCUGUUUUGUGGCAUAAUAUAACUGAAUUUCAUGAGAAGAUUUAUUCCACCAGGGGUAUUUCAGCUUUGAAACCAAAUCUGUGUAUCUAAUACUAACCAAUCUGUUGGAUGUGGGUUUUAAAAAAUGUUUGCUAAACUACCCAAGUAAGAUUUACUGUAUUAAAUGGCCUUUGGGCCUGAAAAGCUUUUUUAA